AUGUUGUCUGUCGCAGAAACAUCAUUACUAGAAAAGAGACUUUGCGAAAUAUUUGAUGUAUUUGAUACUGCAAAAACUGGUGAGAUAGAUGUUAGAGAUUUGGGAACUAUUAUUAGGGCAUUAGGAUGUGUUAUUACCGAAGCAGAAUUGCAAGAAAUACAAGUUCAAGUAGAAGAUGUAGUAAAAAAUUGUGUACCAUUAGAUAGGUUUCUAGAGUACAUGUGCAAUGUUAUUAAUGAACGCAAAUUUAAACCAGCAGAACCAGAAGAUUUGUUAAAAGCAUUCCAAUUAUUAGAUCCUGAAAAUCGAGGAUAUAUUAUGCACGAUGAUUUAGAAAAAGCAAUGAUGGAAAUUGGAGAACCACUUUCAAAAGCAGAAAUAAACAAUAUGAUGUCAAUUGCAUGUGAUUCAGAAACAAAAAGAAUCAAUUAUGAACAUUACAUCAACUUACUUCUUGUGAAAAUACCUGAUGAACUUAAUGUCUAUUCCAUUGUUGAUGCAAUGGAUGCUGCUAAAUUAGAAGCUAUGCCUAAGAAACGUAGAUUGGAAAGUCUUCUCAUGGAAUAUCAAACAUGA